AUGGCGCCUAUGGAGAAGGGCUUCAGCUGGUCCAACAUUGCUGUUGGCGCCACCAUGAACAUGUUUGAAGUCACCACGCUCGGUCAACCUCUCGAGGUGCUCAAGACACAGAUGGCUGCCAACCGCAGUCAACCUAUCGCUCAGGCGUUCCGUACCGUCUGGUCGCGCGGAGGUGUUGCUGGAUUUUAUCAGGGGCUGAUCCCAUGGGCCUGGAUUGAAGCUUCGACCAAAGGCGCCGUCCUCAUCUUUACCUCGUCCGAGAUUGAAAAGUAUACCAGAAAGGCGUUUGAUCUGUCUCCCGCCGGCGCGGGUAUGAUUGGCGGUAUCGGCGGUGGUGUCGCACAAGCGUACGCUACUAUGGGCUUUUGCACUUGCAUGAAGACGGUCGAGAUCACACGACACAAGCAGAGUGUUGCCGGUGCCGCGCCCGAAUCUACGUUCAAAGUAUUUUUGGAUAUCUACCGUCGGGAAGGUAUUGCCGGGAUCAACAAGGGUGUCAAUGCGGUCGCUCUACGACAGGCUACCAACUGGGGCAGUCGGUUUGGUUUCGCACGUCUCGCCGAAAGCUCGCUCCGCAAGGCCAAGGGCAUCAGGGAGGGGGAGAAGCUCGGUGCGGCGGACAAGAUUCUGGCGAGCACAAUUGGGGGAGCGUUGGCGACUUGGAACCAGCCUAUCGAGGUGGUGCGCGUGGAGAUGCAAUCCGCCAUGAAGUCUGCCGAUCCUACGCGACCGGCCAAGAAGACUGUUCUCAACACGCUUUCCUACAUUUACCGCACCAACGGUCUCAAGGGUCUUUACCGAGGUGUCGCGCCGAGGAUUGGGCUGGGCGCGUGGCAGACUAUUUGCAUGGUCAGCUUUGCGGAUUAUGUCAAGGCAGCAAUUGGUACCAGUUAA